GGCUGUUUACAUCGUGUCACUCGGGAUGUGUGAGUUAGGGCUAGUCUAUCUGUGCUGUUGCUAUAUAUCUCGAUCACAGUGGCUACUGCCAGCUCCACGACAAUUCAUCACAAACUCCAAACAAUGCCAUUCUCCUCCUCGAAGCGGCCGGCAGCUUCAAGAACCCACCCCCAAGAGUACAUCGCGCGCAUCCGCUUCAACAAUACUCUCCCCGCCCCUCAUGGUUCCCCGAAGCUGCUCAACAUCGCCAACACCGCCUUCUCGCAAUACACCUCUCCCGCCUUCGCCUCAGAGCUGGCGCGGUCGAUGCCAAUCAACAUCGAGCCAGACUGCGAACUCGGCAUGCCACUGGACCUACUCCCCCUCUCUUGCGCUCUGUCAGGGGACCUAACCCCGCUGUGUCCGCUCCUCCCCCCACAGGCACUCGACCCCCGUGACCGCGCCCUGCUGCGCACCCCCGCCUCCCUCGGCAAGCCUGCGCACAGCCUCGUCACCGGCGGCAGCAGCGUCUCCUUCCUGCGGCGCACGGAGUACAUCUCGUCCGAGCAGGCGAAGUCGUCGUUUCGCUCGACGACGUCGCGACAACUCGUUGCGCUCUCGGGGAGGGCGCGGCGCUCGGCGGUGGCGGCGCCGGCGCCGAGCCCCCAGGAUAAUGACCCCGUAUGCAUCCUCGCCGCGGUGCUGAGGGGGUUUGAUGUGGCGAAUCCGGGCGUAGAUGGUGCCGUGACGUAUUCCGCGUUUGAGGAUAGCAAGGCGGCGGACGCGGAGCGUAGCUGGAGGACCCUGAAACAUCCGGUCAAACACGGCCUCAAGCCGCUCGAGACGUUCCCGCUGAUCCCGCACCUCGAGGGGAUGAGCGAUUCGGGCGGGUACUUGCUCGCCAUAUUCCAGUCGUCGCCGACGGAUGAGGACCGCGACGGCUGCAGAGACUACAGGGUCGACGUGGGCCUGCUCACGCCGGCAGAGCCCACCGACUGCAUCAGCGAGGAGGGAACAUACUUCUUCGAUCUGUACGUCCCGCACUCCAACCGCACCGCCAAAGCCGUCAAGCGCAAACUCGCCGACACAGAGGACUUGGAAUUUGACGACGACCGCAAGUUCCUCUACAAGUACGUCCGCCGCUACGAGGCGCGGGAUCCGUUUGAUGCUGGAUACACGGCGUUCGAUACGCAGCCCGAUGAGGUAGCGAUGUGUCUGCAGGCCGGCGACAAAGAGGGAGGGCCCCGUGGAGCGUACUUCUAUCCCAUCCAUGCAAAGUACAGCCUCCGGCCAAAGGGGAAGACGAAGUUCGCCCACCUGGGUGAUUUGGAGAAGGAGGAGGGGCCAGAUGCGGAGGCGAUUAAGCUCAAGAUUAGGGACCUCAACCACGUAGAGAAGUGGAAGAGGGCGGGAAAUGUUGCGUGCUACGAGGGUAAGGGAGGUGAGCCACGGACCCCGCCGAGACGAUCAUAGGGGUGCUUUUGACGAUCUUGACGAUCUUGACGAGUGAUGAUGACGAUGAUGACGAUGAUACCCCAUAGUAAAUGACAGACGAGUAAUUGAAGUGUAGAAGCCUCAACUAUGUGCAGGCCCAAUCGUGAUACCAUCGCCCUCAAACAUAUCGCAUUGUGAUCAUUCGCAAUUCAUUCCUUGGCACCUCUCCUUUGCCUAGUAGUUG